GAACGAGACGGAAGGUAGAGGGAUCGAGAGUGCGUUCAACUCCCGUAGAUCGCGCGUGAUCCAACGGCUGGCCGGCCGGCCGGCCUUGACACCGUGUGAUCCGCAAAGGGGAAAACCGGCACGGGGAUGUGACGAGGACGAGGAUGAAAAAAGGUUCCCAGACGACAUGCGCGAGGGUGAGUCGUGACCCAGGACGAAGAAGAGGACCUGAACAUGAUACGAUCUAGAAGGACUAUCUCCGUGGAUUUGCCGUGGAUCCUUUGUCUCGCGGCUGCGAUUUUGGUGGUUCCCGGUGGACUUGACCAUGUGACAGGAUGUCAAUUCUAUCCUGUGGGAGAGUACCUAAAAUUCGUGAGGGUACCGGAGAACCUAGCGAAGGGUACGGAAAUCCUGUCAUUAGAAGCUCAUCCAAGGAAUCACAUCUCUAUAAUGCCAGUUGAUAGGGACGAAGAUGCUCGUUUCUUUGCAUACAAAGAGACGAACGAGACUCAUGUAUCCUUGGUGCUGGCCCAGUCCUUGGAGGAUCUCGUGGACACGGAGUCACCUAGAAAUCUGCUCAAGUUCCGCGUGGUCUGCGAUUACAACGACGGCGGCGAUUCCCUGGUGACAUCGCACCUGUCAGUGACGGUCUACGUGGAGGACAUAAACGAUCAUGCUCCACAAUUUGUCGAUGCGCCUUAUCACGUAACCGUGGACGAGCUUACGCCAGUCGGCGUGACGAUAUUCCGUGGGAUCCACGCGGUCGACGUUGACAAGCCGAACACGCCGAACAGCGACGUCCACUACGCGAUAGUGAAAGGCAACGAGCAGGGGAAAUUUUCACUAGAAUCCGGCCACAGAACCGCUCUCAUACUCCGCAAACCGGUGGACUACGACAACGGCGAUCGCGAGUUCACGCUGGUCAUCGCGGCCACGGACCGAGGUGCACCAGCUAGGACCACCAACACAACUGUAAGGAUUACGAUCGCUGACAACGAUGAUCUGGAUCCGAAGUUCACACGAGACGUUUACAAAGCGAAGAUUUACGAGUUCUACCCCAUGCCGGAGUAUCCGAUCUUCACCCAAAUCAACUUCACAACGCCAAUCCAAGCCACCGACAGUGACAUGGACAUCAACGUGCCAGUCCGCUACGAUAUAAUAUCCGGCAACGAACGCGGUUUCUUCCACCUAGACCCAAAGAACGGUACCCUGUUCCUAAAACGAGCGAUCGACCUGGACGCCGAGAAGGCACUACCUUCAAACACCUUCAGCCUCCAAAUCCACGCAUCGCAAGUAGAUAAUCCCCUAAAAACAGCCGGGGCCAGGGUCGAAGUGGAAGUCUUAGAUCUAAACGACAAUUUGCCCGAGUUCGAAGUAGACCUUUACAACAUCAGUAUCGUGGAGAACCUACCAAAUGGAUUUAGCGUAUUGCAAGUGAUCGCUCGUGACAGGGAUCAAGGGGAAAAUGGCCAGUUCGAUUACGAAUUAAAAGAUCGUUCCGGUGCGUUCUCGGUGGACCCUAAAUCUGGUUGGCUAACAGUGAAGGAUCAGUCGGUGCUCGAUCGUGAGAAACGGGACCAUUUGAGAAUGAAGGUGCUAGCUAUAGAGAGGAAGCCUAGUGUUGUUCUUGGUAAUGGCUCUAAAAGAGCAAAUGGCUCUUCAGUGGACGUCGAAGUCACGUUGCUCGAUGCUAAUGAUAACAAUCCCAUCUUCGUGCCUGGGAAUCUCUACGAGAUGGUCGGUAGAAGUGACUAUAAAGUGGGCACAGUGCUGGGACAGGUUCACGCAGUGGAUGACGAUCUCGGGCCUAAUGGUAUGGUCAGCUAUAGACUGCAGAAACCUGGCAACUCAACGACACGUACUCCACCGUUCCACGUGGACGAGAAUACCGGUACUAUCACCGUUGCUGAGAGUCCGAUCCAAGAGGGGCGACACGCCAUCUUCGUGGAAGCUGCGGAUCAACCUGGUAAUCCUAGCGAGAGACGAUUCUCCUUGGCUGUGGUUACUAUUGAUAUUUUUCGAUCGAAUGGACCGGAGUCAUUGGAACCAGACUUUGUGGGAGCUCCUUAUGAGUUUUGGGUCGGUGCCAAUGUGCCAGUCGGCACAAGCGUCGGUCAGAUCCGCUUAAACGACGCUGUAAAGACAAAUGAUUUGAUCUACGAUCUUCUCCACGGUUACGAGGACGGGGUUCCGUUCGCCGUGGAGGAGCGUUCGGGAACGAUUACGGUCGUCGAGGAGAUCGAGCGGUUCGACCGGUCGACGUACGAUUUCGAGGCGGUCGUUACCGACGAGAGGGAGCUAAUGCUGAUCACCAACGUCUCGAUCCACGUGGUCGAUCCCAACGACGAGAGGGGGAUCUUCACGAAGGGAACGACCACCGCCCCUCUCGUCUUCCACGCGAAGGAGAACGUGCCGGGCACGUACAUCGGGCAAGUGCUUCCGCAGAACAGCACCACCGGCACGUCCGGCCACGGCGUCCGAUUUUUUAUCGUCAAUCAGCAAGAUGUGCCCGAUAUCUCGAUCACCGAGGACGGCGCUUUGUACGCGCCGCAAGGUCUCGACCGCGAGACCAGGCAGAAUUAUAGCAUCACCGUGAUUGCGGAGAGCCACCGAGGGGUCGGAGUUUUCCAAGUGACCGUCAUUGUUCUCGAUGAGAACGAUCACCCACCGAUGUUCACGUCGCCUUUAUACGAAGGUCGAAUACUCGAGAACAGCCCGCCCGGGACAAAAGUUAAUUUGUCGACUCCUAUUGCAGCGACGGAUAAAGACGAAGGUAUCAAUCAAAACUUUGCCUUCAGUCUUCACGGUCAAGGCAGCGAGCUUUUCAGGAUCCAUCCCACAACUGGCUUAGUUUAUUUCGAGGGAAUCGAUGAUCGCACCCUCGACAGAGAAGCGAAGGCGAACUAUACUUUCAAAAUCGUUGCUAAAGACAAUGGUGGUCUAACAUCAGAAUCCGAGCUAAGAAUAACAGUAACCGACAUGAACGACAACUCGCCCAGCUUCAUCAGAAUGAUCGUUCUACCGGAUCAAGGCGUCCGCGUCUCGAACGAACCAGACGCGGAGGCAGCCGACGAGAGGAACGACGUAUUCGAUAUGAGCGAAUCAAUCGCCGGAAGCGAGGCCCCUAGCAGCCGUCGAUCACCGCUGCUCCUCGUGCCGGAGAACGCGACGAUCGGCGCGCCGAUAAUACGCCUGUUCGCGGAGGACAAGGACGAAGGAACGAACGCGGCGAUAACGUACAGCCUGGGGAACGAGACGACUUCCGGCGACGACGCUGGUUUGCGACGAUUUGAUACCACCAGCCGAAGAUAUUUCCACCUGGACCCAAGGACAGCCGAGAUAUCUGUAGCCAGAGGACUUCCCACUGAGAAGAAUAUUCGCUUAUUGGUCCUAGCUAAAGACCCAGCAGGCCUAUCAGACAACAUCACCGUGAGGAUCCACGUGGAGGACGUGAACGAUCAUCCACCGAUAUUCGACAAGUCCUGGUACACCUUCGACGUCUCCGAAGGCAUCUACGCUGGUUACGCUCUUGGCACUGUCCGAGCUGUAGAUUCAGACUUUGGAGCAAACGCUAAUGUCAGCUAUGAGCUGGUCUCUGGUAACGAGAACCUAGAGAAUCCGCAGAACUUCACAAGAACCUUUGACGUUGCACCUUACGAAGGAAUAAUCAGAGUCACUGGGAUCCUGGAUAGAGAGACUACGAGCACCCAUAGGCUAGUAGUGAUCGCUCGUGACGAUGGCUCUCCGCAACUAAGUUCAACUGUGGAGAUAGAAGUGAAUGUCCUAGAUAUGAACGAUAAUGCUCCUAUGUUCUAUGGAUACGAUGACACGGAGAAUGAUGUCAAUGGAAACAGUCUACCACUCUACCAUGCCUCUAUCUUCGAGAACAGUCCAAUAGGUACUCAAGUGAUCAAGGUACACGCCAAUGACACCGACUUCACUGGUAACGGCAACGGUUUGAUCCUCUUCGAUCUGAGUCACCCUGGAGAGUCUGAGAAGCAGUACUUCGCUAUAGACAGCAAAGAAGGUGUCAUCACGACUAUUGGCAAUGUGGACUAUGAAACAUGCAAAGUCCAUCGCUUAGUGAUCACUGCUAGCGACUUAGGGUCCCCGCUCAGUUUGACGUCCACAGCAGUGGUACUAGUCACAGUGGUGAACGUAGACGAUGAUCAGGACGACGGCAACGAAGUGACGAAGUCGCCGACGUUUAGACAUCGUUACUACGAGGUGGAAGUUGAAGAGAAUGUCCCAGUGCCAGUGGAGGUAGCACAGCUGGACGUCGUCGAGGGACACAAAAGCGAAUACAUAAGGUAUAGCGUAGUGGCCGACGAUUCGAACUCCAGGGAACACUUCUCGAUAGACCCCAGGAAUGGUUCUCUGUAUCUGAUGACGGACGUGGACAGGGAGGUGAACGAUCGAUACGAAGCGAAGGUCAGGGUCGACAGGGUGAAGAUUGGUCGCGGUAUGCCGGUGAUGAUUUACCCGGUGGUCGGUGAAAGGCUGAAUGGUCUGGCGCCUAACGAGGCCAGGGUCGUUGUCAGGGUGAAGGAUGUGAACGACAAUGCGCCCAGAUUCAAGUCAAAGGGUCGGCCUAUCCUGGCCGCGAUACCCACCACCGCGCAUUACGGCUAUGAGGUUGUCAAAGUCGAGGCGGAAGAUCCGGAUGAGGGUGCGAACGCAGAGAUCCGGUACCAAAUUCUUGGUCGGGAGGAUGCCCCGCGUUUCGCCAUUGACCCAAUGAGCGGUCAAGUACGGUCCGUGGCGAGUUUUGGCCGUGAUGCGGGACGCGUUUUCGGCUUCGACGUCAAGGCCACCGACAGACGGGGCGCCGAGAACGGACGCAGCAGUAUCGCCAAUGUCUUCGUGUACGUACUGGAUGACCAAAAACAGGUCGUGAUGGUCGUCGGUCGAAGACCGAUAGACCUGGAACCGCAACUCGAGAACAUCACCGCGGUACUACAAAACGUAACAGGCCUGGAUGUCCGCGUAAGGAAGUUGGAGCCGCACAUUGAAAAGAAUUUAAUCGAUACGAUGUCUACGGACAUUUACCUCUACGCCAUCGAUCCCCACUUAAACGUUAUGAUAGACAUGGAUACUUUGCAUAACGUAUUUCACAAGAAGAAAAUGGACAUCAAGCGCGAGUUAGAGGAAUACGAUAUCCUCGACAUCGCCGGAAGUUCUCCGCGUCGUGGUAAUCAACGUUACUUACUGUCCACCCUCGAAGUGGGCGUAGUAGUGCUCGGCUGUGUCGUCUUUGUGGGCGCCCUCAUCACUGCCCUCUGUGUCACUUGCGUUCGCCGAAAUAAACGUCGCAAACGUCGGCAGAAAGCAAUGUUCUCGACGACCAGCCCGAUUGGAUUCGCAUUGGCAGAUCCGACCGCGACGCUGCAGAAGCCGCCGCUCUUCUCGACCUUCGUCGACGGCCUUCACUACGACCCUGAACCGUUCUGCGCCGACAUGCCGAGGCGGCAGAGCAUCUGCGAGCACGGAGCCAACUGUGUUCGUUUCCACGCGAUGGGCGGCGGUAGUAAGCACGCCGGGAGGACGACAGGGACCCCGAAAGGCCUCGAGGCAUCCGCGACGUCCUUGCAUUCCAGCGGUCAGGAUUCUGGGAUCGUGGCGCGCGCCUCCUGCCACUGCAGUCACUCGUCGAGCCCCUCCAGCGGCGAGAGCAGCAAUGGUUACGAAGACUCUCUGAAGUCCUUGCAACGUCGCGAAAGGGUAAACGACAUGUCGCGCGGAAGCCACGAUACCUCGAGCAUCGUCGGGAGACGCGCGAAUCAGGCGAACACCAGGAGGCGGCAACGUUUUAAUUCCCUUUCGAACGGGGAAACUAUGUAUUCCCAUGAGAUGACGCUGCAGAGGGAGCAACGUUGUUGCAUCGGGACCGAAAAACGCCGUAAGAACGAGCUGCACCCUCGCGAACAUCGCCGCGCGCAUUCCGAAGCGGAGAACAAUAUCACGGAGACGGUGAUACACGAACAUCCCGGCACCGAGAUCUCGCUGUCGAGUUCAUUACAGAAUACGUCGAGCCUUCAUGGUGCUUCUAGGAGCAGCCACAUGCUAUACUAGGAGCAGGUAUACUAUCUACGGAAGGGGAAGUCUCCAGAAGGAAGCAGGAUAAGUAAUCUUUCUGGCCAUGAGUUAUCUUAUUGUCCAUAGCAUUCCUCGUGCGAGAUAAUGUCGGC